AAACGUUCAUUUAACGAUUUUGAUGGAAAAAUAUUAAAAGUUGGAAAAGGAUAUUUUGUAAUAGUUAAAUAAUGGUAGACAUAAAAAAGUAUUGUGAAAAAGAUUUGUAUGAAUUGCUUGGCGUACAACAUGACGCCACGGAAUCAGAAAUUCGAAAAGCUUACAGGAAGAAGGCAUUAGAUUGUCAUCCAGAUAAAAACCCUGAUAAUCCUAAAGCCGCUGAACUCUUUCAAGAAUUAUCGAAAAUUCUUGAAAUCCUAACCGAUAAAUCGGCUAAAUCUGCUUAUGAUAAAAUACUUAAUGCAAAAAAAGCGGCAAAAAUAAGAAAUCAGAAAUUAGAUAGCAAACGACAAAAACUGAAAGCAGAUUUAGAAGAAAGAGAACGUAAUUGUUCACUUAAUCCUUAUAAAGCACAUGGAUAUAGCACGCCAAAGACAGAUGAGGAAAUAUUGCAGGCUGAAAUCGAACGAUUACGAAAAGAGGGCUCUCUCUUGCUACAAGAAGAACAGGAAUUAAUGAAAAAGCAAUUGUCAGCGGAAAAAAUUAAAUUAGAAAAUCAAUAUAAUUCUUCGCAACAUAAGAUAAAAAUUAAAUGGAAAGUAAAUGCAGAUCCUAAAUUAAAUUAUACUGAAGAAGUAUUAAAAAAUUAUUUUAAAAAGUACGGUGAUAUCGUUGCUAUUGUAGUGUCAAGCAAAAACAGUAGUGCUUUAAUAGAAUUUAAAACACAGGAUGCUGGAGAAAUGGCUGUAGCUUACGAAAAAGGUAAUCUAUUAAAUCCAUUACACUUAGAAUGGAUAGGAGAACCUCCAAAAAAAAACCGCGCACAAGCUAGUUCUACAAUUUCAGAUUUAGAUUUUGAAAGUCUUGUACUGCGACAAAUGAGACAAGCUGAAGAACGUAAGCGUCUAAUUGAUCAGAUGAUGAAAGAGGAUACAAAAAAUUAGCAAAAUUUUAAUUAUAUUUUUUUUAAAAAUAAAA